UUCUUGUAAACUGGAUUCAGCCUUCAUUUGCAGGCCGGGUACAAUCCCAGCAACAGCGUCCCUUACUUGUGAAUCCUAGGAAACAUUGGGCUUCACAAUCCCCAUCCAUCCUUCCAAAAGACGAUAUUUUGCGGACAACAAACCCUUGCCGCUGGACAUAAGGCACACAUUGACGUCGAAACCAAUACGAAAAGCACUGGGAAGAGGCGCAAAGACAAAUUUCCAUACUCGAUGACAUUACAUCGCAAUGUCCGAUCGUUUGGGGCAAAUAACCAAGUCCAAGGAUGGGAAAAGCAAGUACUCCUCACUCAGCCUGUUUGACAAGUACAAGGGAAAAUCAAUAGAAAGCCAGAAAAACUCAGUUCCACGACAUGGCUUGCAGAGUCUUGGCAAAGUGGCCGCAGCCCGGCGCAUGCCCCCACCCGCUCACCUACCGAGCUUGAAGUCUGAAAACAAAGGAAACGAUCCCAACGUGAUUAUUGUCCCGAAAGACGGUACAGGAUGGGCAAACAAGCCGGAACAACCCGAUCAAAAGAGUUCUGUUGCAUCAAUACCUCAGCUGCCGGAGUCGCAGCUGCAGCCGGCUUCACAGAAGUCUGUCUCCAAUCUUCAGAAGCCUCCCCCAGUAGCCAACCAGGAGAACACAACAACAGGUGGACCAAAGCAAUGGGCCCAGCUAAAUGGAAAGGCAGCAGAGCCAGAUGGUUCAAGGGCCUUAAGCCAACUUCAGCCCUUCUCUCACGAGGAAUUUCCCACGCUGAAGGCCGCUGGAGAACAGGACAAGGCUGGCAAGGAAAGAAGCGGCUACGAUCCGUCGUAUGGGCCCGGACCAAGCCUCCGCCCGCAGAAUGUGACCAGCUGGAGGGAGGGAGGUGGCAAGAACCUCCAGCCCUCAUCCCUUACCCUCGGCCUGCCAGCGGACCCCGAGGGCAAGCCCACCACCCUGGGCGAGACGGGCACCCCUCCCGCCACGUCCCACCCCUCUUCCGCCACCAGCACUGCCUCAUCUAGCGUCGUCGUGGCAGCGACGGCAGUUGCACAGCCGCCGAGCGUGGACCCCAAGGAGGUCUCCCUGCGUCCCGCUCAGCCUCUGCGUAGGACGGUGCUGUCUGCACUGCAGCAUCAGCUCCUCCACACCUCCAAUGCUGUCUACCAUGACAUGUUGCCAGCUUUCAUGUGCUCCAAAGAGACGCAAGAAACUUCAGGCACAAACCACGUCGUAGUAGCACCACCAGCCCGAUUCGACAACAAACCGACUUUUAGACCGACUUAUGCUAAACCUGAACUAGUCAAUGGUGACAUUCGGCGAGAGAACCGAUUUGUCCGUGUGCCGCCCAGGCUCUCAUCCCAGCCCAUCCGUCGGCCUGGCGACAGACCACAACGACCCGCCAUCAUCAAUCCCGAGGACCUGAAGGAUCUGGAUGACCUCGACAAUGACUGUGAAGAUGGAUGGGCUGGUCUCCAUGAAGAAGUCGAUUACAGUGAGAAGCUCAAAUUCAGUGACGAUGAAGACGAGCACUCAGCCAAUGAUAAAAACAAGAUGUGGGCUGAGUGGGAAAGGGAGAAUCGCCGCGACUGCCCGUCAUCACUCAGCUCGAGUGAGGGCCCUGAAGAGAGUUCUUCUUAUCACCACCAGGAGCCUCUGAGGAAGACGACAAGCAGAUAUCUCUCUGCGGACACCCAGAAGAACCAAAGCGAGCCGGCGAUCGACUCAGAAGACCACCAGCGGCAAUCUCAGCCCCCGGCAAGGGCUAAGUUUGCAUCGCCUGAGCUGUCCGAGGCCGUGGAGAGGGCCCGUAGGCGUCGCGGGGAGGAAGAGCGGCGCGCCCGCGAGGAACGGCUGGCGGCCUGUGCGGAGAAGCUCAAAAGGUUGGAUGAGAAAUUUGGCAAGACGGAAAGGCAAGCCUCAAGGACGGAGGAGGGCCACAAAGAGAGAGACAGCAAAGAAGACCCCUUGUCUCCCAACAGGAAUCAUAAUAAAGCCCAUGACAACCACCCGUACAAUGCAAAAGAUGAGUGCUCCUCUGACAACUCCCCCAGCCCUAGUUUUCGCGAAGAGCUCAGUUUCCCCGCCUAUCGCAGCAGCGAGGAUGAUGCCCAAGAGCCUUCCUCCCCCUCUGGGGAUUACAGUGGACGCCCUGCCCCAAAACCUGUGCCACCCCGCUUUCAGAAACAACCCCAACAGCACCAGCAACAGCAGGAGCAGGUCUACAAGAUGCAGCACUGGCAGCAGUCGAGCCAUCAAGCCUCACCCACCUCGAGCCACGCACAACGAAGCUACUAUCCCCCGCAUGUCCUCGGCUUUGAUCCUCGCUGGAUGAUGAUGCCACCUUUCAUGGACCCCCGCGUCAGCCAAGGACGAUCUCCUGUCGACUACUAUCCCGGUCCGGUCCAUUCACCUGGAUUGAUGAAACCUCUGAUGCACCAAGACCGCCUGAACAGUCCCAGUUCUGAUGAAGGUCAUCCCAACCUGCAGCAAGAGCGAAGAGCCCCUCCCACUGAGCCAUAUCCUGUCUGGAGCCAAGACAGCUACACCCUGCGCAGUUUUACUCCUCCUUACCAGAGGCAGCACGAAAACCAGGAUAACAGUCAGCUUGAUGACAGUUCACUUCCUCAUAGCAGAAGUGGUAUGGCCUCCCAGCAAGACACUUAUGAGCAGAGGACCAGCGAGAGCAUCCCCCACCCUCAUGAUGACCUCCAACAUCAAGCCUUCCAGACUCGAGCCUCGGACCGAGACCACCACGACCAGGGGCUGCUGACUGGCACUCUGUUUCACACCCAGCAUCAUGGUGAUAACGAAUCCCCAAAACAAGACACAAGAGACCGCCAUCUGAAGGAUGGUGAUUCUCACGAUGAGAGCUUUGAUGGCUCAAAAGACAACUGGAAACGAGAUGAAGGAAUCAGUGCUCAAACUCAGUGGUCUGAUUCCGCUGCUAGUGUCAGCCAGCCAUCAGAGACCACUGGCCGGACUUUGACGCGUAGAACUGGGCCAAUUAAGAAACCAGUUCUCAAGGCUUUGAAAGUGGAAGACAAGGAGAAUGAGAAGCCCAAACCUGAGCCUGAAGAGAAGGCUGUCCCCUACCGGCUGGAGAAGGAAGUCCUGACCAACGUCUAUGACUUAAAGAAAGAUAACCAGGCUGUCGGCAAUAGGCGCUCUGGAUCGCCCAUGGUUGAGAAACAUGCUGAAGAAAGGCAGCGUCAGUCCCCGGGUCCUGCUAAAGUGGAGCGGCCUCCAGUAAUCAACCAUAGUGAUGAUUCCCCUAGGGAGAGCGUCUGGGACACCAACAAAUUCCAGCCGCCAAGAGAUGUUCUCGAAAACACGGAACCUCAGGCACCGCGCCGUAAUAACUGGAUCUUCAUCGACGAAGAACAGGCCUUUGGUGCAGUCAGGGGAUCCGGAAGAGGCCGAAGUCGAGGUUUUAGGGAUUUCAAUUCGCGAGGUGGAGGCCGCGGCAUCCGGGGUGGAGACAACGUCAGAGGUGCCUACAACAAUGGCGCCGGUCAGGGUCUGCGUCCAGGGAGAGGCCGAGCCCAACCGAGAGAGCUGAAGGUGGAGGAGUUCCAGAGAGGCAAGCCACGAAGACGAAACGUCAGCGAGACACUAAGUGAAACUUCCGAGUAUGAGGAGCUGCCAAAGAGACGGCGACAGAAGGGCUCUGAAAACGGAGAAGGCUACUCCGAGUCUGGAGAAACUCGCAAAGCCAAUCGGGAGUCUUGGCGAUCCAACAAGACCUACGCGGAAGACCAGGCUGCUGCCGAUCACAGAGAAAAAGUCAAGGCGAGCAGAGGCUUUGGAGGCCGCAUGCUGCCUCCCAGACUGAACAACGGAAACUAUACUAGAGGCUACGGAGGUUCUCGAGAGAUGUCCUCAUGGAGGGGUCGUGGUCAUCAGUUUGGUAGCACUGGUGCUUCCAUGCAAGAAAACGGUUACGUUCCCGGAGCUGACUCAUCUUUCUCCCGUAAACCGCUUGCUGAGCGUGAGUCUCUGAAAUACCCCACAAAAUUUACCGGCCCUUUCAUGGAAAAUGGCUCCGAAGACCGUGAGGGGGAAUAUUAUUUUGACCCUGACAACCCUGACAGAGUGGUGCUGAGGCGGCGGCGCCCCCCACGUCAAGACAAGCCCCCGCGCUUCCGUCGCCUGCAGCAAGAGCGUGACCCCGCUUCCAACCAGUGGACCAGUGACGAAUACAUAAAUGGAGACUUUGCAAACCCCUGGCCUGGUCGUCCCAAAGGCAACGGGGAAGACAAGUGGCCCAGCGGCACCUACACUGGAGGACGCAGCGGCCAGCAAGCUCAGACUGAAGAAUGGGACACCGGAUCGGACAACAGCGACUUUGCCGACUGGAGGGAGAAGCGCAGAGCGAGCGGUGGCGCAUCUACGCAGGGGCACGCCGACGUUCUCGCGGACCCAUGCCACGGUGAAGCGGGCUCCAUCGAGAAGAGGGAGCUUUCCAAACGAAGCUUCUCGAGCCAAAGGCCGCUGAUUGACCGCCAGAACAGGAAAGGAGAGCCCUCGGUGCUGGAGACCAGUAAGAUGGCACGUGCACCCGAUAACCCUCAAUCUGCUCCCUCAAACAGGAAUGACACCUGGCAGAAUGGAGUGGCCUCUUCUAUGAGCAGGAGUCCAGAUGAGUCGGGCCCUGGCUACACUAUUGAUCAGUCAGAUGAGCGGGAGCUGAACGAGUCCUCCGGAAAGGGCGGAAAGACAGGCCCUAUCAAACCUGACAUCGUUGAACCACUUUCCCAGUAUGAGCUCAGUGCCUACCCAAUUGAGGAAGAUGCCGGGGGACCCAUUUCGAAUUCGGACACUUACCACGAUGCGUUGUCCAAAAAACAAAGACGUCCGCAAGAUGACGAUAGGCGCAGGAAGGAUCAAGGAGUCGCCGUUCAAGUGAAGAACAGGUCAGUCGCGUCCAAGAUAGCGCCGCGCUUUGCUAAGAAGCAGGGAGGCAUGAGCAUCGAACAACCAGAAGAGACUCUUUCCUCUAGUAAUUUGGGAACGGAAAUCUGGGAGACCAACAGUUCCGCUCUUUCAGUGCAGUCUUCAGGGGCAGGAGACUCGUGGACUAAACAAGUGUCUUAUACUGGCAGCGAGCCCAACUCUGAGGCUCUUUUUUUGUCCAAGGACUCGGAUGCAGGCCCAGAGCAGAGCAAAGAGCAGCACAAACCGGGGCCCAUCGGAAACGAGCGCUCCCUGAAGCACCGCAAGGGUUCCGAGGCAGUGGAUCGCCUGGAAGGUAGCCCCAUCACCCCGGUUAACGGCGUGGACCUCCACGUGGACACCGUGCUCCCUGUGCCCCCCAUUGAGUUUGGCGUCAGCGCCAAGGACUCUGACUUUAGCCUGCCACCAGGUUCCACCCCAGUGCCUGUGUCAAACCCCGUCAACAAGCUUCAAGAUCCCCUCACCGUCAAUACUAUCCCCAUGCUCCGCUCCAAUCACCUGCAGCCUGGCAUAAACCUCAACCCGCUUUCCUUUCCAAGUACUGACCUGACCCUUAAGAUGGAGUCUGCCCGUAAAGCGUGGGAGAAUUCCCAGUCCCUUCCUGAGCAGGGCUCUCCCAGUGCGGGGGCUUCUGGCGUGCCACCUCCGUGCAGCGUGGGUUCGUCCAGCGGGGUCAGCUACAGCUCUUUUGGAGGGGUCUCCAUGCCGCCUAUGCCUGUGGCCUCCGUAGCACCCUCUAUGUCCUUGCAAGGUAGUCACAUUCCCCCUUUGUAUUUGGAUGGUCAUGUCUUUCCGAGCCAGCCUCGCUUGGUUCCACCAACGAUGACUCAGCAGCAGACCUACCAACAAGCGGCAGCCCAGCAGAUCCCCAUCUCGUUGCACACAUCUCUUCAGGCUCAGUUGGGGCUUAGAGGAGGUUUGCCUGUGUCUCAGUCCCAGGAGAUGUUCAACUCUAUCGCCCCCUUUCGGUCGCCGGUUUACAUGCACCCCAACCUGUCGCAGCCCAGUCCCAUGGUGCUGUCAGGCGGAGCGCCAUUGAAGGGGCCCUACUCACCGUUCCCCGGCAUGCAGCCGUCAGACAUUGUCAAGUCCUCGUCGGGCUCGCACUAUCAGCCCAUGACCGGCAGUCAGCAGCUAGUCUACGAUAGCCAGCUGAACCAGGGGCCCAGCAUGGGAUCGUCACAGCUAAUGGACUCUCAACUCAUCCAGUUUUUGUCGUCUUCUCACCAGGUGACCAUGCCCUUGCCUGGAUCUCAGGUGCGCUACGGCUCCGCCCAGCAACACCUCAUCCUCCCUCAGUCCAUCCAGCUACAGCAAGGCCAGAAUCUCUCAGUGGGAGGUCCACGCAGGAUGAUGCCACCUGGUUCACAACCCGUCAUGCCUGCGAGCAGAGAGAGCUCCCAGAUGGAAAUGAAAGGUUUCCAGUUUUCGGAAAAGCCCAAUCAUUCUCCGGGAAUGCCCGGUGGCUCCUACAGGCCUGGAUCUUCUAGCCCAAGCGGAAAGCCUUCUGGUCCCGGAGGCCCGGUUGGACCAUUGCCCACCCAUCAUUAUACACAGCAGGUCUCACCUGCUCAGGGUGGCUUGGUGAUGCACAUGCGUCCCCCCACCAGUGGCCCCUUCCCCAGCCCCAUUCAGAGACCAGUCAUGCAGGUCAACAAAACCGUCAUGAUCCGCUCCCCCCCUUACCCCAAUCCCGGCAGAGACCUUUGCCACUCCACCCCUCCCUUGGUCCCCGAGCCCCCUAUCAAGGGGCCCGAGGAUGGCAUGAAGUGCAAAACAGUGCGAGAGGUGCGCAUAGCCCUGAGCGAGGGCCGGCCACCAACGGGAGUAAUGACCAGCAAACUCCAGAAGCCCCUAGCAGCCGCCGAGCACCCCAAGCUGCCACGCACGGGCGCCAUCAAACCCCAGGCGGUUAAAGUGGACGAGGGCAAGGCGUAGUCGUCAGUUGUGGACCUAAAAGAAAAUAGAUUGAAAAGACAAAAAAUAUGAAGAGAGUGGUCAUCACCCAGCCUACAAAACACAAACUCCUUGCACAACGUCUGAGCCUUCCAACAAGCACCAUCGACAAUUGACCCGGACACUUUUGACGUCACACCCCAAUGUAAGACUUCUAAAGAGAGAUAUAUAUAUAUACUGUAUAUAUAAAUAUAUACAUAGACACAGCCUUUUAAAAAACAGAUCUCCACACAGUUCUCUUUAAUUUAUUUCCCCCCCUCCCUCUGUGAAUGGCUGCUUGAUGGUUCAUUUGUGCACACUGUUUUUGCCAAACUCUAUGAACUGCCUGGUUAUGGACAGUCAUUUGGACAUUUUUAAAAGCAAUUCAAAUCCAGUUGGGGCACUUUUCCCCCUGUUUGUUGAAAAUUAAAACUCAAGCUCUUGUCAUCUGAAAUGGGGGUUUUAUAAUUACAGGAACAAAAUAAGCAAAACAUUGCAUGUCGAUGUCAAAUUGCAAUGAACUUGUGGCUACACUUAUGUAGAUUUCUAGAUGUUAUUUCUUAAAAAAAAAAAGUAAAAAAAAAAAAAAAGGGGUUUGCUUUUACACUAUUGUCUCUGCUGUACAAAAUGGUGAGAUGUUUUUGUUUUGUUUCCCCUCCCUUUCCCAAAUUCAUGUUGCUUCCACGUUAAACUUGUCACAAAUCCAA